CUCCACUCAGCCAAUCCGCAGCUGUAAAUAUCUGAACCACCGAAGCUAGUACACAACUGAGACAUGAAACGUAUUCAAUUAUGCUUUUAAUUCCUUUUUUCCGUUGGAGAAGAUAACUUUGGACCUACUAGUGAUAGUUUACUCAUCGAGACAUGAAGUAGACCCAACGCGUCACCUCCAAUCUUAAAAGGGCUCGUUUGUUUUCAUCAUAUUCGCGCUGACAGUAGCUAGCACCCAUUAUUAGCAUCACGGGCUAACCCACCAGCCGUGUGCUAGCGCCUGUCAGUCCGGGGCGCUUCUGUGACUAUGCAAGGGGAAACGGCGGCGGCUGUACGAAUCACUGAAAACGAAGGCAAACUCGAUGCGUUCCCCCAGGUCAGGACCCCAAAUCCGGGGAGAUCCAACGCCAAGAACUGGCAGUACAGUGAUCACAUGGAGAAUAUCGAUGGAUACUUGAUGAAAUAUACCAACCUGGUAACUGGCUGGCAGUACAGGUUCUUCGUGUUAAACAAUGAGGCCGGUCUGCUCGAGUACUUCGUCAAUGAACAGUCUCGUCCGCAGAAGCCUCGGGGCAUGCUCCCACUCGCCGGAGCCGUCAUCUCCCCGAGCGACGAAGACUCCCACACCUUCACUGUCAACGCCAUCAGCGGAGAACAGUAUAAGCUGAGAGCCACCGACGCCAAAGAGAGGCAGCACUGGGUGAGCCGGCUACAGAUCUGCACGCAGCACCACACAGAAGCCAUGGGGAAGAGUAACCCUCCUCCGAAGUCACGCAGUUACUCCAUGGCGUCUCAGGGCAGUGGCAGCUCUCCCAUGUCCAUGAGGAGGCCCAGUCAGAACCCCUCCUCCUCAAUGUUCCAGUGGUCCCAGAGUAAAGGCUCCACCCUCUACUCCAGCAAGAGGUCUCUACUGCCGGACCACCUGCUCGACGCCAGGGAGAUGAUGAGCCAGGCACACGGGCAGCACAGAGACCUUCUGGAGGGCAUCGAGGCUCUGCCCGCGGCUCCUGGACUGUCUCCUCUGGACCAGGACCUGCUCAUGCUUAAAGCCACCUCCAUGGCCACCAUGAGCUGCCUCAACGACUGCCUGCACAUCCUGCACUUGCAGCAGCUUGCCCGCCAGAGGGGGGCACUCGGAGGGCCCACCAUCGACUGGCUGGAGCCCAAACUGCCCGACCUGCUGAAGAACGGAGGCAGCUUUCCCCCCGCCGAGGGCCCGCUGGAGGGGGAGAGAGCGGAGCUCAGCGCGCCUGAGACCACCUGCUUCGCACCGGAGCAGGAGGAGAUGGACCCCGAGGACGAGGUGGAGGACACGUUCACAGACACAGAGGAGGACCUGGGGGCUGUGGAGGAGGAACGCAGCAUCAUCCUGCAUCUGCUGUCUCAACUCAAGCUGGGCAUGGACCUCACACGGGUGGUGCUGCCCACCUUCAUCCUGGAGAAGCGCUCUCUGCUGGAGAUGUAUGCAGACUUCAUGUCUCACCCAGACCUGUUUGUGUCCAUCGCCGAUGGCAACAGCCCAGAGGACCGCAUGGUGCGCUUCGUACAGUACUACCUCACCUCCUUCCACGAGGGACGCAAGGGGGCCAUCGCCAAGAAGCCCUACAACCCCAUCAUUGGAGAGACCUUCCACUGCUCCUGGAGGGUGCCCAAGAGACCCCCGUCCUCCCAGUCGUCCCAGUCCUCCCAGUCAUCGCAGUGUGAGCCCGGGCCAGAGGGGGCGCACACUGUGCGCUUUGUGGCCGAGCAGGUAUCCCACCACCCCCCUGUGUCCGGCUUCUACGCAGAAUGUCCAGAUAAGAAGAUGUGUGUCAAUACUCACGUGUGGACCAAGAGCAAGUUUAUGGGCAUGUCCAUUGGGGUGUCCAUGAUCGGAGAAGGCUGUCUCCACCUGCUGGAGCAUGAGGAGGAGUACACGUUCACUCUGCCCUGUGCCUACGCCCGCUCCAUCCUCACUGUGCCCUGGGUGGAGCUCGGGGGGAAGGUCAACAUCAACUGUUCCAAGACGGGCUACUCGGCCGUCAUCACCUUCCAGACCAAACCCUUCUACGGGGGCAAACUGCACAAGGUGACGGCGGAGGUGAAGCACAACUCCACAAACGCGGUGGCGUGCCGGGUGCAGGGCGAGUGGAACGGCUCGCUGGAGUUCAGUUACCCGAGCGGAGAGACCCGCGUGGUGGACGUGACCCGGCUCCCCGUGAGCAAGAAGCUGGUGAGGCCCAUCGAAAAGCAGGGCCCCACCGAGUCCAGGCGGUUGUGGCAGCACGUGACAGAAGCGCUGAGGCAGAAGGACAUAGACAAAGCCACAGAACACAAGAGGAUCCUGGAGGAGAGGCAGAGGACGGAGGAGAGGCACCGCGCAGACACCCAGACCCCAUGGAGGACCAGAUACUUCGAGAAAGAGGGUGAAGGCUGGGUCUACCACAAACCACUCUGGAAAAACUCCUCUUUCAAAUCCUAGUCUCCCCGGCUGCGUUACUCCGAACACCCAUGCUGUAGACUGAGACGGAGAGGCGGAGUCCGAGAGCGCACGCGUGUGGAAUGCACUGACUGUCCCCGAACGCAGCACGCCGCCGGAGGGGAGGGGCAGAGCAGAGGCGGAGCUACCCAUGACCGCUCUCCCCCUCCCCCGCGGGCUUUUUGUACUUUUCUAACCCACGGCGAGGAGCUGGUGGACCCGACCCAGCCGCCUUAAGACCUGCUCCCAACGAUGUCCGCUCCUCACGUCCUCCGCUUUCAUUUCUACUCCGCCUCAAACUGUCUGAUGGUUUACGUACAUGUGUUUUUUUAAUUCAACUAUUACUCCAAUUCCACCCAAAACAGUGUAAAAUAAAGACUGUAUUCAAGGAUUUGCCAGAGUCCACAAUUUAGUUGUCUCCAUGGAGAUGUUAUUGCUGUGCCUAGAAUGUUCCACACUCGCAUUUAUUCAAUUCUGUUUUUAUGCCGAAAUAAUAUCUUGACAAACAUGCAUUCUUACUGUGAGCAGCCUCUUAUUUUUUUGUUUUUUAAGAGAGAGAAGAGAAGCUUAUCAUUCCAGGCAAAAGCAAUAACAUCUCCAUGGAGACAGGCACUUGGCAGACCUCUAUCAGAAAGGUUACAUGGUUUAUCUUUAAGUCUUUAUCGCGGGUAGAUUCUGCAGUAGCCCCGAGGCAGCUGUUUAUUUCGACCAUUAUUUUAAUGAUCUGCGAAUCACAGCGUUUUUUCAUUGUGAUAUUUUACAGUUUAUCCCCCUUUUUAUGGAACAGCCAGUGGUGGAACAAGUACUCAAUUAUAUUACUUAAGUAAAUGUGCAGGUACACGAGCAAAACCGUAAAAUACUCGAGUAAAGUGACGUUUUUAUUUAUGAUUUUGUCACAAACUCGACUCCUUAAGACAGGAUUUCACCAUAAUUGUCACAAACACAUAUAUAAAAUAAAAAAGUAGCCUUCCGUCGGGAGGUGUUUCCGGGCAGGUCCCACCGGGAGGAGGCCCUGGGGAAGACUCAGGACACGCUGGCCUGGGAACGCUUCAGGGUCCCCCCGGAGGAGCUGGAGGACGUGUCUGGGGUGGAGGAAGUCUGGGAGUCCCUGCUUAGACUGCUGCUCCCAUGACCCAACCCCGGAUAAGCAGAAGAAAAUGAAUGGAUGGAAAUAUAUCAAAUUAAAUUGGUGAAUAAAUAAAUCUCAUUCGUUUCAGUCUCAAACUAUAAUGAAAAAUACUACACUUACUACACUUUACUUUUGUCCUUUUGUUCGUUCAGUUCAAACAUACUGUAUCUUGGGGUAGAAAGUACAAAUAUCUGCUUUUAAAUGCAGUAAAGUCAAUUUAAAAAGCAUCUACUGUAAAUUAUAAUGUGUAAAGUAAUUGUUUAUGUAUCUGCACUUUACUUAAAUAAGCCUACUAUUAUACUAGUACUUUUACUUUUGUACUUUGCAUUACUUUCCACCACUGGAAACGGCAGGUUGUGAAUCCAGUUAAAAUGGAUGAAAGAAUGAAAUUUAAUGAAUGAAAUGGCAUUGUAAUGUUUUCUCUUUUUUUUUUUUUUAACCUACUCAAAAUUUCCUUCUUUAAUUCCAAAUUUUAACUUGUAAUUGAAUAUUUAGUGGCAUGUUGGACCCAAAUACUAAAUUACUAACUGGAUGAUCUAAAUGCAUGAAUUGAAGUUCUCAAACAGAAGCUCUUAACCAAAUACUGACUUCACAUUUGUGUAUUAUUGUGUGUUCCAUUCCCUCUGCUUUAAAUUUUUUUAGAGCAGUUUUGUAGAUAGAAGAAUGUGGGGCUGUGGCAGUGUUUCACCUCAUACUGUGACCUGUACAUGUGUAAUACUUUUCCCAAGCAGCAGGUGGAGCCCUCCCUGCCCAGGUGCCUUAAUGUCGCUCUCUCGUUCUCUCUCUGCGGACCCCCGUACACGACCCUUGUAUAUUAUCGUGUGUGUGGUUUUGCUGUAGUGCUGGCGAGGCGUUCGAGGACGUGGGAUUUGUCCGUUUGGGAUUGACUGGUUCUAUUGCUGAACUCUGAAUGCACUGAUGCUGAAGGAAGGCUGAUCUGACCAUGACUCUUGUGUGAGAAUAUUGAAAUAAAUGGCAUAUCACUUGUACAA